AAAAAAAGGGCGGUGAGAUAAAAAAAGAAUGUGCUGACCACACGACUAUGGCGUAUAAGGAAAUUAUGGUUAUAAACACGGCAUUUUACUGAUCUGUUAACACCGUUAAAGGAAUCGUGCCUGCUACUCCACCUUAAAAAUGCCUGCUAAGAAAGUGUGCAUCGUUGGAUCUGGAAACUGGGGCUCUGCGAUAGCCAAAAUCGUCGGUCACAAUGCAAAGGGAUCCAACAGGUUUGACCCCAUUGUCAACAUGUGGGUGUUUGAAGAGAUGAUCGAUGGCAAAAAGUUAACAGAAAUCAUCAACACGGAGCAUGAGAACGUCAAAUACCUACCGGGUCACAAGCUUCCCAAAAAUGUGGUUGCUGUUCCAGAAAUCACAGAAGCGGUGAAAGGAGCCAGCAUACUGAUCUUUGUCAUUCCACAUCAGUUCAUUGGGAAGCUAUGUGAUCAGAUGAAACCUCAUAUUACACAGGGAACCAUUGGGAUAUCCCUCAUCAAAGGCAUCGAUGAAGGCCCAAAGGGCUUGAAGCUCAUCUCUGACAUCAUCCGUGAGAAACUAGAAAUUGAGGUUAGCGUCCUGAUGGGGGCCAACAUUGCCAACGAAGUGGCUGAUGAGAAGUUCUGUGAGACCACAAUUGGAGCUAAGAACGAAGCAAACGGACAUAUCUUUAAAGAGCUGCUGCAGACUCCCAACUUCAGGAUCACCGUGGUGCAAGAGAGUGACACAGUAGAACUCUGUGGGGCUCUCAAGAAUAUUGUAGCGGUGGGCGCUGGGUUCUGUGAUGGUCUGGGCUUUGGGGACAACACCAAGGCUGCGGUGAUCCGGCUGGGGCUGAUGGAGAUGAUUGCCUUCACCAAGCUGUUCUGUAAGGGCCAGGUGUCCUCCGUGACCUUCCUGGAGAGCUGUGGGGUCGCCGACCUGAUCACCACCUGCUACGGGGGGCGCAACCGCAAGGUGGCCGAGGCCUUCGCCAAGACGUCCAAGUCUAUUGAAGAGCUAGAGGCUGAGAUGCUCAAUGGCCAGAAGCUGCAAGGCCCACAAACCUCUGCUGAGGUGUUCAAAAUUCUCAAGAAGAGAGACAUGGUCAGCAAGUUUCCGUUGUUUGCCUCUGUGUAUCAGAUCUGCUUUGAGGGAAAAGCUGUGCAGGAGUUUAUCACAUGUCUGCAGAACCACCCUGAACAUAUGUGAUCACUCUGGAACCUGCAGCCACGGAAUCUGCAGCCACGGAGCCUGCAGCUCCUCCAAUGGUGUUGAGUGAAGUUUCACCUAGAUGCUGAUCUUGUCAGUUUUGCAUUCCCCUAUGGUUAGGUUGGGAUUGGAGAGGGGAAGCUGAUCCUAGAUCUGUACCUAUAGGGAAACUUCACCCCGGGGCCACUUCCAAUAGCACCAUCAUACCAUCAGAGGGCAGCAGUGCUGCACGAAUGCUCAUUAUAAUACUGUAACUACAUAAAAAUGUAACUGUAACCACUAAAUAUUCCUUAUCAUUUGAUACUAAGUCUGAAGAACCACUACUUAACGUGCUUUGUCGCAUAUUCAUAUGUUUUGUGUUUUGAUUGUGUAUCAGCUUAUCAACUAUAGCGCUUGACAAAUGUUAAGUAAUCAUUCUUGGUUACAAAAAAAAAUUCUAUUCAUUUGACAUUUUUACAAUUUGUGGAACAAAUAUUCUCAAAAUAAUAAUUUUGAUUGAAAAAACAAA